AUGGAGAUCAACGAAUUCCCCCCUCUUCAAAAUACUUUGAUCCUGGGUCGGAUUCCAGCAUCUCAGAAUGGUUCCUUCGCAAAGAACCUGGCAAAUCCUUCUGCAUCUAAGGAAGAUUUCCCGGUUUCCUUUGUUCGGCCAAGUCAAAAACUUGUUUUUAAAGGAGAAGAUCUCUUCGAAGGCAUCUCGGUAUGGUCUUUUUCUUUGAUCGGAUAUUCUCUAGGGCCAAGGCUGUAUUACGAGAGACUUCUCGCAGCCAUGAAAAAGGUUUGGAUACUGAAAGGUUCGUUUUCCCUUCUCUCGUUAGCAGAUGGUUUUUUCCUGAUCAAAUUUUCUAACCAAGAAGAUUUUGAUCUUGUUUGGUCUGGAGGACCUUGGUUCAUGUUAGGGAAACCAUUUAUUCUCCAAAAAUGGUCCCCUAAAUUCCAACCGAAGAGGGAUGAACUUUCUGAGAUUCCCCUUUGGAUAAAAAUUGUUGAUAUCCCCUUGGCCCUUUGGACCCCAAAGGGAAUUUCGACUAUAGCCAGCUAUAUUGGUAAUCCCUUAUCUGUUGAUUUUCUUACUGCUAAAAGAGCUAGAUUAACCUAUGCUAGAGUCUGUGUUGCUAUCUCUAAAGAUUCGUCUCUCCCGGAUGAAAUUCCUAUCAACAUUGAAGGAGAAGAUAUCAUGCUUAAAUCGAAUCUGAAUCCUGAGCCGGUUGUUCGUCCCCCUCCUAAAACCAAAAACAGAGGUAGAAGUCUUAGCCGGAAUCCUAGAUCCCAAAAUCCGGCUCCGAUGAAGCCAACUCCUCCGGAAAAGGUAAUUUCGGCUCCGGCGAAGCCCACUUCUCUGAAAAAUGUAAUUUUGGAAAGCAAUAACAGGAACGUUAAUAACUUUCCAAAAUUAAUUCCGGCGCCCGAAAAGGAAAUUUCUCCCCUGAUUCCUAAUAAUUGCAUUGGUAAAGAUGCAAUUAUUCCUAAUCUGAAUUAUCUUGGUAAAGAUGCAAUUAUUCCUAAUCUGAAUUCUCCUAUUGAAGAAACUUCUUCAUCUGGGCAACCUUCUAUUCCUUCUGAAAUUCCUCCAGCUAAGGUUAUGCUGUCAAACAAAUUCUCGGCUCUUCAAACGGAUGAUCCUCCGGACGUUGAGUUGGAAGAUAAUGGCUCUGUUAAAGCUUGUAGAGAGCUGGUUAGAGAUAACAAUCUCGGUUUAUUGUGCAUUUUAGAAGCUAAAGUUCACAAUGAGUCUAUUAAUGACCCUUGGUUUGUCAAUUCGCAUAUGAUUUUUAAUACGGAAGAUAGUAUUAAUAAUUUUAGCCACUCUAAUCCAGGUAGGAUCUGGAUUAAAUGGAACCCGAAUAUUAUUACUUUCUCUCCUCUCUUUAUUGCUUCUCAAAUUAUUCAUGGUACUGUCACGGUUGGUACUCAACCGCCGGUUUUAAUUUCUGUUAUAUAUGCUGCUAAUAAUGUUUGUGAUAGGAAUAUUUUAUGGAAUCAGCUGAGAAAUCUGAUCCCGGAUCCCUCCAUGGCUUGGGUUAUUAUGGGUGACUUUAACUGCUACAGAUCUGUUGAUGAGAAAUCCGGUGGGCAUCAUACCCAUAAUAGCCAGUUGGGUGAGCUUAACAAAGUUAUUUUUGACUGUGGUUUACUUGAUUUAGCUUCUGUUGGUCUUUUUUACACUUGGUAUAAUCAGAGACUUGAUUCGCCUAUUCAUAUUAAAUUAGAUAGGAUGCUCACUAACAAUGCUUUGCUUGAGAGAUUUCCUGAUGCUUUUUAUAAAAUUCUUCCCACUCAUAAUUCUGAUCACUCUCCGUUAAUUUUAGCUGUUUCAAAGUGUGAUAAAAACCCGUCUAGAUUCAUGUUUAAAAACUUCUGGAUUAACAUGGAUGGUUUUUGGGAGAUGGUUUUAGAUGCUUUUGAUAGGCAUUAUAACUGUAGUUCUAUUGCUGCUUUUUAUAGAUCUUUGCAGAUUCUUAAGAACUCUCUUAAAAGUAAAAUUUGGACUUCUUCUUGCUACCUUUUAGAUACUAUGGAUAAUAUUAAGAUUAAUCAGCAAAAAUAUAUUGCUGAUCUGCAGCAGGACCCGUUGAACAUGCAUUUAAAUUUUCUGUAUAAGCAAUCCUGUGACAAUCUCAAUUCUCUUAGCAAAGCGUGGUCCUCUUGGUUAUACCAAAGGGCUAAAACUAAAUGGCUCAGAAAUGGGAAAAAUGAUCUUGGUUUUCUCUAUGCUCAUAUUAGAUCUAGGAAGAAUUUAAACGUCAUCAAAGAGAUCACCACCUCUGAGGGUAAGUUUGACAAUAAAGCCGGAAUUGCUGAAGCUAUUAUUAAGCAUUUCAAAGAGAUUUUUAAUUCUCCCAGACCGGUUAAUGAAAAUGUUUUCAGCAUUCCUGUUGGGAACAUUAUUCCCUCGAAUAUGAUUGAAUCCUUAACUCUGCCUUUUACUGAUCUAGAUAUUAAAAAUGCAGUGUUUAAUGGUUCUUCUUGCUCUGCGCCUGGUCCUGACGGUUAUACGUUUGAUUUCUAUAAAAAAGCUUGGCAUAUCAUUGGGCAUAAGUUAUGCAAUGCUAUUAAAAGUUUUUUUACUACUUGCCAGCUUCCCAAAGGGGUUAAAACUUCAGCCGUUACUCUUAUUCCUAAAAAACCGCAUGCUUCUAAUAUUAAUGAUUAUAGGCCUAUCUCGUUAUGCAAUGUUUUUUAUAAAAUUAUCGCUAAGCUUUUGGCUAAUCGUUUGAAGUCUGUUUUACCUUUAAUUAUUCAUGAGAGUCAAGCUGGGUUCAUUCAUAACAGGUGUACUACGGAUAACAUUUUGCUUGCCUCGGAAGUGCUUAGAGAGUUUAAUUUUAAUAGAAACCUUUUUUGUGCUAAACUGGAUAUUAAGAAGGCCUUUGAUACUGUUUCUCAGAAAUUCCUAAUUAAUAGAAUGAGGCAAAAGGGUUUUCCGGACAUGUUUAUUAACUGGGUUAAUUGUUGCAUCGCUAAUGUUCAUUUUUCUAUUUGCCUGAAUGGGUCUUUGGAGUGGUUUUUUAACUCUUCCUCUGGCCUUAGACAAGGUUGUCCUUUAUCCCCCCUUCUUUUUUGUAUUGUUAUGGAUGCUCUUUCUUGCAGCCUCACCUCGAAUUUUGUGGGGAAUAAUAGUCCUGUUUUUAAUAUUAAUGGCAAGAAUUUUAAUCAUCUUAUGUACGCAGAUGAUCUUCUUGUUUUUGGUAUGGCUAAAGCUCAAAAUGCUACUAACCUUAUGAACAUUCUUACUGAUUUUGCGGAUUCUUCUGGACUUAGCAUCAAUCCCACUAAAAGCUCUAUUAUUUUCUCUAAUAAUACUUUUGAUACUGAACAAUUUUGUAGCAUUAUGGGUAUUAUUCAGAGAAGUAGUUUCCUUACGUAUCUGGGGAUUACUAUAUCUCCAGAAAGGCUGAAUGCUUAUCAUUUUCAAAUAAAUCAGAGGAUUACUGGGUUAUUUAUUAAUAGUUGUAUCAAGGAUGAAGUUUGGGCCCUUCCAGACUUUUUACCUGAUAAUAUGAAGCAUGUUAUUUGCGGCAUUGAGAUUAAAGAGCAACCGAAACUUAAAGUUGCUGAUUUGUUAAUCAAAAAAUCUAUUCAAGUCAAUCAGGUUUUUGAUUACAUUGAUAACCAGCUGUUUUUGUCCAAUUGGGAAAAGAACUUCUGCUGGCUUACGAUUGGAUGCACUGUGUACCACCUUUGGAGAGAAAGGAACAACCGGAAAUUUGCUAACAAUUGGAAUUCCAUGGAGAAUAUUACCAUUACUAUCAAAAAUGCUAUACGGGGCGGGAGCAUUCUCUUUGCUGUUUUUGUUCCCGUUGCUGUAUUGGUUUUUGUAAUUGCUGGGUUGAUUUGUUUAUUAGUUUAUGUUUUUGGCUUUUGUAAGGUUUGUUUGAGUUGA